CAGGAAAUAGACAUCAGCAAAGCGGAAGUACUGAAAGGAAGCCUCGAUUAUUUUUCUAGCUAUCCAAAGGGGAAACUGAGGGUCGAUUUUUCCGCAAAACAACAAAUUUGUCAUCACAACCACGCCGAAGCAUGGAUAGAUAGUGUUUGUUUAACUGAAUUUACAGCUGUGGCCCUGGUAGAAAGGUAAUUUAUCACAUCUGUUUUCAACUUGGAUUGCUGCUGAGGGUCAGAGACAGACCUGCCACAACUGUUUUGAUUCCAGUGAAGCUCCAAAGUCUCUCUACUUUUUCUGUGGCCACCAGCAUGGCUAACAGCACUGUGACUGUGGUUAAGGGUAUGCCGCCAGGCCCUGCGGGCAGGAGUAGUCCAGAGGGAUCUCAGGUGCUAAGUAAGAAAAAGCUGCAGGAUCUGGUGAGAGAGAUUGAUCCAAAUGAGCAGCUGGAUGAGGAUGUGGAGGAGAUGCUGCUACAAAUUGCAGAUGAUUUUAUAGAGAGCGUAGUGACAGCAGCCUGUCAGCUGGCGCGCCAUCGCAAGUCCAACACCUUGGAGGUGAAAGAUGUUCAGUUACAUCUAGAGCGCCAGUGGAACAUGUGGAUUCCUGGUUACGGCUCAGAUGAGAUCCGGCCGUUCAAGAAGGCUUGCACCACAGAGGCUCACAAACAGAGAAUGGCAUUGAUCCGCAAGACAACCAAAAAGUAGCACGACUGAGAUGUUGCACCCAUUCUGGUUAUUUCUUUUCUUUUAAACUGGGAUUUUUUUUUUUUUUCCCUGGGUGGGGUGGGGG